AUGGCCCUGUACCACCAAACCGUGGAUUUCCUCUCCGACUCCUGGGCCAACCAUCGCACGCAGCUGCCCUUGUUGGCAGUCACCGGAGCCUCCUUUACACUCGGCUUCCUACUUCGAUCGCUUUUCACACGCGGUGAGCUCAACCAGACCGUCCUUCCUUCGCCCCGCACUAGACUCUUGACCGGCCUCUCGGAUGAGGAGCAUCGCAAAUUGCCGCUCCCGAACGACGUCCUUCCCGGUGCGCGCGAUGUCGCCAGUCCGUACGGUUCGAUCCGAGUAUACGAGUGGGGUCGUGAGGAUGGUCCGAAGGUGCUGCUGGUGCACGGCAUCACCACGCCCUGUAUCGCGCUCGGUGGGGUGGCCCAUGCGCUAGUGGACCGGGGUUGCCGAGUGAUGCUCUUUGACCUGUUUGGGAGAGGAUACUCCGACUGCCCCGCUGAUCUUCCCCAAGAUGAUCGGCUGUUCGCGACGCAGAUCAUGCUUGCUCUGACUUCAUCGCCCAUCGCUUGGACUGGAGAUGCCUCGGGCAAGUUCAGCAUGGUUGGCUAUUCUCUUGGUGGUGGAAUCGCAGCCGCCUUCGCAUCAUUCUUCCCGCACCUGCUGUCAUCUUUGGUGCUUCUGGCACCUUCUGGUCUGGUUCGCGACUCGCAGAUUAGUUUCCAGAGCCGCCUGCUCUAUUCCCGUGGCUUGAUGCCGGAGAAUCUUCUUGGCUAUCUCGUCGGUCGCCGACUGCGGGCUGGACCCCUGGUGUCCCCAAAGCCAAAGAACCACAAACUCGAUGCUGCAGACGCGCUCACCGAGGAGCUUCCGUCGCAAGGCGCAGCCGAGAUUCAGGUUCUCUCGAGAGAAUACCCGCACAUCAAUAUCCCAUCCGCUGUGGCAUGGCAAGUAAACAACCACUCCGGCUUUGUCCAUGCGUUCAUGUCGAGCAUGCGUCACGGUCCAAUUCUCGCCCAGAGACAGUGGAGUACAUGGGCCCGGCUGGGAGAGUACCUGAGCGCCCAGAAUGGUCUCUCGUCAGGCAACCAGAGUGCGCCGGGUGUCCCGAUCGACAAAGUCCACAUCUUAUGUGGCAACAAUGAUGCCAUCAUCAUCAAGGACCAGCUUGUCUCUGACGCCACUGCUGCUCUUGGCGGGAACGCGGUCUUUGAGUUUUACGAAGCCGGUCACGAAUUCCCCAGCACCAAGUAUGAAGAAGUUGCGUCAUACAUCUCGAACUUACUUUGA